AUGGCUGCAAAAAAAGUUAUCCUUGCGGUGUUCUUUGUUUUCUUCACUUUGAAAUUGUACUCUGCAAAAUCACAAAUUUCGGUUAAAGCUGGUUACUGGUACUCAGGCAGCGGGUUCCCGAGUUUGGGCAUAAAUUCUGCAUUCUAUACUCACCUUCAUUGUGCAUUUGCUCAGGUAAAUUCAACCUCUUAUGAACUCUCUUUAUCAGAGUCUGAUGAGAAACUGUUCCCCAACUUCACAGACACUGUGAAACAGAAAAACCCAUCAGUCUUCACUCUUCUAUCAAUUGGGGGUGCAAAUGCCAACUAUUCAACAUUUUCUGCAAUGGUGAGUGAUUCAUCUUUCAGGAAAUCUUUCAUUGAUUCUUCAAUUAGAACCGCCAGGCUUUAUGGUUUCCAUGGCUUGGACUUUUGUUGGGUAUAUGCAAACUCUAGCUCUGAUAUGUAUAACAUGGGAGUUCUCUUUCAAGAGUGGCAAGCUGCUAUCAACUUAGAGGCAUUAAACUCUAGCUAUGCACAACUUUUAUUGACUGCAGCUUUUCUUUUAAAACCAGGUUUAGAUUCAGGAAGGUUCCCUCUAGAAGCGAUGGAACGGUACUUGGAUUGGGCUAAUAUUUUGGCUUAUGACUACUACACCCCUCAGUGGUAUAAUUUUACUGCUGCUCAGCCUGCUCUGUAUGAUCCAAGUAGUAAUGUUAAUACUGAUUAUGGUAUAAGGGCUUGGAUUAGCAGAGGAUUUUCUGCUGAUAAGAUGGUUUUGGGGUUGCCUUUCUAUGGUUAUGCGUGGACGCUUGCAAACCCCAUGGAAAACGGUAUUGGUGCGCCAGCAACAGGGCCAGCCAUUAGAGAAAGUGGAGCCAUAAACUAUAAGGACAUCAGGAAUUUUGCUGAGACAUAUGGGGCUAAUGUUACGUACAACGCAACCUAUGUUGUGAAUUACUGCACAGUUGGAGCAACUUGGAUUGGUUUUGAUGAUGUUGAGGUUGUCAAAACUAAGGUUGCUUAUGCCAAGGAGAAGAAGUUACUAGGCUACAGCGUGUGGGAGGUCGGUUAUGAUGAUAACUGGAUACUUUCUCAAGCUGCAGCUCAAGAAAGUAAUAAGAAGGGAGGAAAAAAUUGGCGACUAUUGGCUACUGUUUUGUCUACAACUGCUGCUGCUAUUCUGCUGCUAGGCUGUUUCUUGAUAUAUUACUUCUGGCAAAGAGAGCUCAAAUCAGAAGGAUCAAAGAAGAAAUUAAAUGACCCAUCUGCAACUGGGGAUUUUAACAGAAAUGCUCAUAAUCUGAUAACUUAUAGUUUUCAUGAAAUUGAAGCGGCUACAGGCAGCUUUUCUUUUGAAAAUAAGCUGGGUGAAGGUGGAUAUGGUCCUGUUUACAAGGCUUUGCUGCCUAAUGGACAGGAAGUUGCAGUGAAGAAGCUUUCGAAAACAUCCACACAAGGAUACGAGGAGUUCAGGAAUGAGGUUAUGCUUACAGCGAAGCUCCAACAUGUAAAUCUUGUAAGACUUUUGGGAUUUUGUACUGACAGACAAGAGCAAAUGUUGAUCUAUGAGUACAUGCCAAAUAAAAGCUUGGACUAUUACCUUUUUGAUCCCAUUAGAAGGUAUAUUUUGGAUUGGAGAAAACGUGUUCAAAUCAUUGAGGGGAUUAUUCAGGGGCUUUUGUAUCUGCAGGAAUACUCAAGGUUUACUAUCAUUCACAGAGACUUGAAAACCAAUAAUGUUUUAUUAGAUGAAGAUAUGAAGCCGAAAAUAUCAGAUUUUGGUAUGGCCAGAAUAUUUGCAAAAGAUGAAUUUGAAGCAAACACUGGAAGAGUUGUUGGGACAUAUGGGUAUGUUCCUCCUGAAUAUGUUAAAAGAGGCAUAUACUCUACGAAAUUGGAUGUGUACAGUUUUGGGGUUUUACUUCUACAAAUAAUUAGUGGAAACAAGGUUUCUGCUCUCUACGGUCCUGAAGAAAACUUAAGCCUGCUAGACCAUGCUUAUAAUCUCUGGAAAGAAGAAAAAGGCAUGGAAUUUAUGGAUCCAUCUUUAGAUGAUACAAAUUUCUCGUGUAACUUAGUAAAGUGUUUGCAAAUAGCUCUAUUGUGUGUCCAGGAAGAUCCAAAUGAUAGACCAUCUAUAUUGGAAGUUUCCUCUAUGGUUAAAAAUGAAACCUUAAAUAUAAUGAGUCCGAAGAAGCCGGCUUUCUCGAAACAAGCUGAUGAAGAUGGAGAAACUAUAGUGACAUUCAAUGACGUAACCAUUUCAGAAGCUGUAGGUAGAUGA